UUCAAUAUAGCACGUGAUAUUUUUAAAAAAGGACACCCGAGGAGGGUACAUUUUACCCUUCUCAAAAGAGUGUAGAAUAAUAGAGUCACAACUUUACGGUAGGAAGAAAAUGGCGGAGGAAAAACUCACAUUGGCCGAUGAUGCCUCGGUCAUCUGCAAAGAGAUCCUCGAACGACACUUCAUGCCAGAGGUGAAGUAUCAGCACAGCAAAGUUCCUACACUAGUGACAAAUAUCUCAGACCUCAUUGUGCAGCGGCUAACACGGGAAUCAUCUCUGCCGCGUAAGUACAUCGCCCACGUGGUAGUUGUCCAGAAGAAUGGAUCCGGAUUCUGUAGUGUGGCGUCGUGUUCGUGGAACCCGGAAAGUGAUGCGUGCUAUGUUUAUAGGGCAGAAAAUAGAGCUAUGCACUGUAUUGUAACGGUUUUUGGAGUUACUAUGUGAUUUUUUUUAUGGAUAAAAGAAAACUAAACUACAAAAAAAAA